UCCUUCAGGAGUCGGGGUGGCGUGGCGCAUUUAAACCUUCUUGGCUCUUGCUGUGAACUGAGAAGGCUUAAAUCAAUUCAAUUCAACCAUUUCGCUACAGCUCUUCUCUUCUCACUGGAAAUGGAAAACCAACGACGCCGCCGUGAAUUGAGCUCCAUUAGCUCCGGCGACUUUCUCCGGCAGAAUUUAGAUCCAAUGAGCACCGACCCCACCGAUCGUCCUAUCAUCAAAGAAAUGGAUUUCUUCUCUUCUGCUUCACCCGUUAAAUCUUUUGAGACCAGAAAUCACCAGCCCCAAGAUCCCCACGACCGGAUCAAUCACGACGGAUCAUCAAGUGCUCCCUUACCUGAUCGCCCCGUCAACACUGGACUGAAUUUGAACUGUGCAAGUCCUGGAAUGCCAAGAUCAGAAAAGGAGAUGCUCAAUACUGAACCAAGUUUGAGUGCACUUCAAGGGGAAUUGCGGAGGCUGCAUGAAGAGAAUCAGAAGUUGAAAAAUAUGCUGGAACAGAUUAACCAGCUGCAGGCACAUCUGUUCAUCGCUUUGUAUGAACAAAAGGCUCAGAAGGUUGACGCAAAUGGUAUGUUGUCGGGACAAGAGAAAAUAUUGGACCCACGGGCGUCUACCAAAUUACACGUCAACAAUUCGGUUUCAGACGUCGAUAAGACUGGAGAGCUUUCAGUCUCUCCUUCAUCAAACAACGCGGAGGUAAUGUCAAAGCAACGUGACCACCGCAGCUAUCAGUCACCUAAACUUCACGGAAAGGAAGCAGCUUGUCCUGAAAAUGUUUCCACGUCGCAAGAUCUCAAAAGCGAAGAACCAAAGGCGGACCUUCAUUUCAGAAAAGCCAGGGUUUCCGUACGUGCAAGAUCAGAAGCUCUUCUGAUUAGUGAUGGAUGUCAGUGGAGGAAAUAUGGUCAAAAAAUGGCCAAAGGUAACCCUUGUCCUCGCGCCUACUAUCGUUGUACCAUGGCCGUUGGAUGCCCCGUUCGUAAGCAGGUGCAGAGAUGUGCGGAAGACAAGACGGUGUUGAUAACAACGUAUGAAGGGAAUCACAACCACCCUCUCCCACCGGCGGCCACCGCGAUGGCAAAUACGACAUCGGCAGCCGCAGCGAUGCUUCUAUCAGGUUCAACCGUGAACAGUGAAGCCUUAACAAAUUCAGGUGGAGGGCACUUGUCUUCUAUGCCCUACGCUUCAAUGGCAACCCUAUCAGCCUCUGGACCGUUCCCUACUAUCACUUUGGACUUGACUCGGACCCCCAGAAGCGCGCAGCUUCACCGGUCACCGUCCAAUGGGGUUACGUUUCCUCUACCGUUGCACGGUCACCCACUGCAGCAAAUGGGGCAGUCUAUGUUGUUUCCUCAUCAGAAGCCACAGUUAGGGCAGCAACGAGAGCCUUCUAUGGUGGAGACGAUGAGUGCAGCCAUUGCCUCCGAUCCCAACUUCACUGCGGCGCUGGCGGCGGCAAUCUCGUCUAUCUUUGGGAGUAAUGUGGAUAGCGAUGGUGGGAGUGGAAAUGGAAAUGCUAUUCCCCUUCUUGGGAUUUCUCCGUCGACUCAGCUUCCUCCGUCCUGCACUACAUUCUCCACCAACUAGUAUGCGCAUUAGAACAAACAGGGGGCCUGAUUUUUAUAUGUACAGAUACAAGAGAGGAGUAUAAUGGCGCAACUUUAUUAUUUUUGAAAAUAAAAGUUUACAUGUAAGGAAAAGGUUAUGACAUAUCAUCAAGCUCUCAGUCUCACAGCUAUACGAGGUACGUAAUCCAUGAAA